AUGCAACUGCAUAAAGUGUUGGUUACUGUUUUGCUAUUAUUUAUUGGCUAUAAUAUCAUCGAAGUAUUGGGUAGGGAAUCGGUCAGUAAUACUGCAGAAAAUCCGUUAAUUACUGUUGAAGAACUGAAACAGCUGAUGAAAACAACACCAGUGAAGCUAAUUGAUGCAACUUAUUCUGGAAAACCGUUACCAGCAGCAUUGCAACGGACAAAUACUUAUGGACAGUUUGAUACACUCGAAAAGAUGCUUACUGAAGACGAUUAUAAAAGGGAGCAUAUUCCUGGUGCAGUUCCAGUCAGCUUAGAUGUUGCUCUAUUUCAUAGCCAGUAUAAAAGAUUUGAAUUAUAUCCGCCAGAAAUUUUUGAAAAAUAUCUUCGUAAACUUGGUAUAAAUAAUGGUGAUAGAGUUGUUGUUUAUGGACGUGAACAAUUUUCAGGAAUGCUUUUUGCUGCACAUAUUUGGUGGUUAUUGAAAUAUUAUGGUGUUAAAAAUGCUCGAGUUUUAAAUGGUGGUAUUGAAGCAUGGAAAAGAAACGGAAAUCCGGUGACUAGUGAAAUUGCUCCUGUUCAGACAGGGAAUUUUACUGCAACUGUCAACCGAAAAUAUGUGAUUACGUUUGAGGAAUUGGAAGAACGUAAUCCACGAACAGGUGCACUAAUUGAUCACCUAAAUACGGAAAACGUUUUUGACAGCAGACCACGAGAACAGUAUUCUGGAGCGGUUAAAAUGAACUAUAAUUCACCAGUUGAGCUGAAAGGAUCGCAUAUUGAAGGAGCUAAAAAUCUUCCUGCAGUUAAUUUAGUUAACGAAAAAGUAUUAGCUGAAGCUGGUUAUAUACCCGGCAAACCGGUGAUAACCUACUGUAGCGUGGGAAAUCAAGGAUCACUUGAUUUGUUGGCACUUCGUUCAGUUGGUAUUGACAACAUUAAACUGUAUCAGGGAGGUAUGACAGAAAUGGCCCUAAGAGACCCAAAAAGAAUUUCUUAA